AGGUCGCACCUUUCCAGGUAAACUGGCGGAGUUGGAGUUUGUACAGAUAAUCAUAAUCGUGGUGGUGAUGAUGGUGAUGGUGGUGGUGAUCACGUGUCUGCUGAACCACUACAAACUCUCUGCGCGAUCCUUCAUCAGCCGGCACAGCCAGGGCAGGCGGCGAGACGAGAACCUCUCAUCAGAGGGAAGCCUGUGGCCUUCGGAAAGCACCGUGUCGGGGAACGGAAUAACAGAGCAGCAAAUCUACACCCCGAGGCCCAGCGACCGCCUGGCAGUGCCAUCCUUCCUGCAGAGGGACCGCUUCAACCGGUUCCAGCCCACCUACCCCUACAUGCAGCACGAGAUCGACCUGCCGCCCACCAUCUCGCUGUCGGACGGCGAGGAGCCCCCCCCGUACCAGGGACCCUGCACGCUGCAGCUGCGCGACCCCGAGCAGCAAAUGGAGCUCAACAGAGAGUCGGUGCGGGCCCCCCCCAACAGAACCAUCUUCGACAGUGACUUGAUAGAUAACUCGGUGUACGGGGGGCCGUGCCCCCCCAGCAGUAACUCUGGCAUCAGCGCGACCUGCUAUGGGAGCAAUGGCAGGAUGGAGGGACCACCCCCGACCUACAGCGAGGUCAUCGGGCACUACCCAGGGUCCACGUUUUACCAGCACCAGCAGAACAACAACGGGAUGCCCCCCAUCUUGGAGGGCAGCAGACUCCAUCACUCACAGAUCAAUGGCCUUGAGAGCACAACGGCGUGGAACAAAGAGAAAGAGAAACAAAAAGGGCACCCCUUUUAAAAAAAAAAAAAGAAAAAAAAAAAAGCAAAAAAAAAAAAAGGCAAGAAAGUAAAUGAAACACUCUGCACUUCUCAUUAAAAGAAAAAGGAGAGAGAGAGAGUUGAGGAAGAUGAGCAAAGAAAAAAAAAAGCCCUUCCCCAUCUCUCCGUGUAUAAAUAUUUACUUGUUAUGUCUGGUCUGAAUGCACAAGCCUACCAAGCUUGCAAAAACAUUUCUUUAUUGAGCUGUGUCUAGACGUUUAAAAAGGAAAAAAAAAAUCAACUGUAGUCUUCUUUUUUUUUUUUUUUGUUUCUAGUUGGGCUGUGUGUGAAUGCUUUUUUUUUUUGUUUGAUAUUUCACUUAUCUUUAAAAACAAAAUAUUUGCACAAAAACCAUUUUGUUUAAAGAUCUGCAAUAUAAAUAUAUAAAUAUAUAUUAAAAAUAAGAGAAAGUGUAUGUGUAAGGAGCAGGAGUAUUUUUGUAUUAGAAGAGGCCUAUUCAAAAAAAAAAAAAAGUUGUUUUCUGAACUAGAAGAAAAAUGGCAAUUUUUUGAGUGCCAACUCAAAAAGCGUGUAUUACAUUGUAAAAAAACAAAAAACAAAAAAAAAAUCAAAAGCAGGGGUUUAGAGUUAUUUAUAUAAAUGUUGAAAUUUUGCACUAUUUUUUAAUAUAAAUAUGUCAGUGCUUGUGUUGGUCAAAGCCUCUAUCAUGUCUACCAUGAACCUGUUAAGGGAUCUAUGUCGAAGUGAAGAACAAAGUAGCUGGAAGGGGAGGAGGAUCGCUGGAGUGGAGAUGCCAGCCCUGGGAGGAGCGGUGAGCGAGAUGCAGCUUAUGGAAAUCCUGAAUUUCCAGAGUCCCUGCGCGUGGCCGCCGACAGCCACGCCUUUAUACAUUCCCUACAAAGCAAGAGGAGUUGGUGUGUGUCUGUGUGUCAUCCGGUAGGAUUAUUGGAGUAACAAGGUAAAAUGAAAACUCCCUGCUUCCCAGAGUCAGGAAUGACUGAAGCAGGCCAAAAUUACUUGAUUUUUUCUUUUUUUUUUUCUUUUUUUUUUUUUUUUAUCUUUUUUUUUACAACCUCUAACUUUUUGGAGGGGGGGGGUGGUUGGGAUGAGAAUAAACUUCUGUGUCUGAAGGAACAAAGUGUUUUUUGGUUUAUUUCUUUCAAUGUUCAACUGAAGGGCCCUGUUGGAGCCCAAGUGGUGGUUGUGGAAGUUGGUGUGAGUCUCACUGGUAACGCACCCACCGGCUGCCUUUCAGCUGGGUUUAAAUGUCUCCUUGAAAGGACGAGCUGAAAAGUGUGGUGGUGGUGAACAUCAUUUUCAUUUUGUAUCAGCCUCCCAAACCUCUGUUUGGCAUAAGCAGGCGCAGCUGUGUCUCGCAGCUCUGCCGUCCCUGGUCAUCCUGAUUUUUUUUUUUUACAUUAUCAUCCCAUUAUUAUCCCAGCUAAAGAGGCACCGGGUACAGUAGAUGGAAAUGAAUCUGCUCCUGUGAUGAUGUAUUAAUUAAAGGCUACAGAAAUAUGCUUAAGGCUUUAGAAGCAACCCCCCCUUCCCUCUUCUGAAAUGUCCCUCACCCCACGGUCCCACCUGCCCUCCCGCCGCCGGGUGUUGUGCGUCGUUAAUUUAUCUUGGUUUCGGAAGCAUUUUUUUUUUGUGUGUUACGAUGCUCUUGUUUACAUUUUAUAUCAUGUAGGUGUCUGGUAGGUGCGUUGCCCUCGCGGUGAAUUCGUACGUGACGGAGCGAGCGAGUGGGAAACCUGAGAGAGUGAGGGAGAGGAGGCAAAAAGGGAAAAAUCCCACUGUGGGUCCCGUCUCUCCGAGCGCGAGGAAGGGUCGGUAGGGAAACCACAGAGAGCGAAGGUUUUACAAGGGGGUGUGAUUUGAUUUUUUUUUUCUGCAGGAUGCUAUCUAGUAGAGUGACAUAAAUGAAAGAUAUAAAGGCAAUAACUAUUGUUUUUAAGCGACUUUUCUAUUACUUGAAAACGAAAACGAACCUAACCAUGAGAACGGUUUUGAAGUUCUGACCAUUUGAACAAUAUUUAUAUAUAUUUUAAAGAAGAUGAUGAAUAGCUGAACUUGAAGUUUGAUCAUUGUUUUUUUGCUUUUUUUUUUUUAUUUCUGCCUAGAAAUAGUCCUGUACCUUCUCAAUAUUUCGAACUGCUUUUCCACAGCUCUUGAAAUCUUCAUAGCUUUACAGUCAUGUAACCUAAAUUUUGAUGACCUAAAAAGAAAAAAAGCCACAAAAAAAAAAAAGAAAAAAAGAACGCAAAGGAAAUAAAUCUAGUUUGUCAUGAAAGGUACAAAACUGACGAAUUUGUACGAGUUUUUAAAAUGUAUCUUUCCUUUAUGUAACAUGUCUAUUUAGUGCCUUAUUAAAGAAACAGUAACCCUCCCUUUUUAGAGAGGGGAAAGCAAAAUCAUCCUUAGUGUCACGAGUAACCAGCGUCUGGUCUCUUGCUCCUUUGGACCUUGCAUUCACUUUUCCAGUCCCUUUUUUUCCCGGAGCAGCUCCCUGUGCCUGGCCACGCCGGCUGCUCCCUCGGCCGCUGCUCUGCUCCGACUGUUCUUAGGGAACUUGAACACGUUUAUGCACAUUAUCCUACCCGGGGAGGUAGGAAUCUGUGGUGGAUAUUGUAAAUGAGAUACCAACCAAAAGAGAAACCGAAAUAUAAUAUCUACUGCCCUCUUGAGCCAAAAUGCGUGAAUAGUGUUGUUGGGGUUGGGUGUUUGUGUUUUGUUUUUGUUUUGGGGUGUUUUUUUUUUGGGGGGGGGAGGGUGGUUGUUCAGUGAUCUGAACUAGUUUGUUUGCUAUAAAAAAAAAAUACGGUUACCUCAGCAGAUUUUGGGUGGAAUAUGCAUCACACGUUUCAAACUGAGCAGUGAGUAAGGAGGUGGCGUGGGGACCAGAGGUUGUUAGGUAGCAGGAUUGUCUUGUCACAGGGUGUCACCUGGACACCAAACCCCGUGGAAAAGUCAGGGAAGUGGGCAGGGGCUGGACAGGCACAGAGGGGUAGUGGAAGAGGGUCUGAAGAUGCAGUGCAAUUGAACCCAGCUUUCAUGCUUGGAAGUCCUCAAAAUUUCAACCAAUUCUCUUUCUUUAUUUCUCUCUCCCCAAUCCACUCCCAGUGUGAGCUUUUACUUCUCAAGCAUCACCCUGAGCUCUACAGUUGAGUGAUCAGUUUGCUGAGUUCCUGGGUCCAGUUUCAUUUACCUCUUUCUCUAGUUUGGGGAACUUAAUGAGUGUGAAACAGGGUGGCUCAUCAACACCAAAUUUGUGUUGCAAAUGAUGCCUUUCAGCCCAUCCAUGCACAAAACCCAAGCUGCCACCUUUCCCCAGGCCAGUGCAGCCCUGGUGAGGGGGAGCCCCAGGUCCCAGGCAGCGGGUGCAGCUCCUUGAUGGAGCCAAGCUGUCACCUUUUGUCUUUCUUCUGUCCAUCCCUCUCUUUGCAUUCCCAAGAACUGUGUAUUUCAAGUGCAGAUACCAGGUCUUGGGCUCAGAUCAACUCCAAGUUCUGAGUGGGUGUUGAGAAAUAAUGGUCUGUUCUUUUUUUAUUAUUAUUGUUGUUGUUAUUGUUAUUAUUAUUAUUACUAUUUAAUGUUACUUUUUGCCUCGGGGUCCAUUUCUUCCCAAUUCCCACGUCCCGUAUUGCCACCAAGGCAGGGAAUUUGCUUUGCACACCCUUGCUGAUUGUCCCGUUCCCUCUGGCCUUGGUGCAGCUCAGCAGAGAGCGGUGCUAGAGCUGGGCUGUGGCCCUGCUCCACAGGUGUCUUGCAGCUUCCAGCAGAGAGAUUCAGGCCCCUUAGGAGUGAUUCAUUUUUAAGUAAAUACAGAAAAAAACAAGGCAUUGCUAAUGCUUAGCAACCUCGUGUCCUACCCUGCCUUUUUGCUUGGAGUUUUAAGUCACGUUAGCUUUAAAAGGGGUUGUUCAUCUUGCAGAGUUUCUUAGCUUACAGUACGGCAAACAGCAUCCUUAAAGUGCCCCCAAAUCUUAAUGGCCUGGAGUGGGAACGUGGCUUUGUCAAUCUGGAUGGGGAGGAAGGAUGGGUUUCAUUUGGGGCUGACACUGGUAAAACACGUGUUCCCUUCACAACCCUUGAUUUCACCGGUUUGAGGAUUCAGCUUUACUAAUCCAGUGUGUUGUUUCCAUAAGUGUUACAAAAUUCAUUCUGUCUUAAGUGGGGGUCUAAGGAUAUCCCAUUGCUUUCUGGAGAAUCACCCUUUUGUGUGUGUAUUGAACUAUGAAAUUGCACUAACUGCUAUAUUAAAAAAUAAAUAAAGAAAAGCCCAACGUUUUUACUAAGGAUCGGGAAAAGACUGAAUCAGACGUGUAGCAUUAACAGUGCUAGGCCAGAACAGGAUGAAUUUUUAAUCUCUUCUGUCUCUGUACCACUCAGAGAUUUUCUGUGUACAACACAAAGUUACAAAAAAACAAAAAGAAGUUUUCCAGAAACCAUGCUUCAAAUUUUUGCUGUACUAUAGAAGCUCAUGAAGGACAACAUUAAAGUCCUAAUUUGCCUGCCUUAUAGACACAUUUCAUUGUAUUAAUAUUUUCUUAAACUUCCAGUUGCAUUGCGUUGGCUUUGGAGUUUGUUAUAGGCAGUCCUGUAUCCUGAGUUCUGUUCAAUUUAAACUUAUGUAAACUAUUGACAGCACAUGCAAUGCAGUACUUAUCUAUAUUUUGCUGUUUUAGUAUGAAUAUGUACUCUGAUGCCAAUUUACAAAAAUCUGUUGUAAACGCUUCUUGUGUACCAGUAACCGAUAGUGGCAAUUAUAUGUCAUUCUAAAAGCUGCAAUACUUAUACAAUAAAUUUUACAAUACUUUGGAAAAUUUGCCUUCACCUUUUGCUUUGUUACCCCCCACCCAAAAAAAAAAAAAAUAAAAAAAACCACAAGAGUUUGUCAACACAAUGUAAUUUCAAAAGCUCUUCCUAUUUUCUUUUCGGAUGUUGGAAAAUGAAUCUGCUCAGUUUUGGGUAUUUGUGUGGGUUUCCCCCUUCCUUGUUCUGAACAACCGCCCAGCCUCUGUAUUGCCCCCCGUGUUUCCCCCGUGAAGCUGUAGCUGGUUCCUGGUGUAUUUGCAUGCUCGGUCCGUGUGUGCCUGUGUGCGUGUACAGCUCUGCUUCCUUUUGAGUAGAUCAGGUGGCGCAGCCUGAAUUCCCAGGAGAAGCAUUCCCGGUUUGCACCAGUUUGUCCAACACUCGCGGCCCUGCCUUUCCAGCCAAGAACGUCACUGAUGGUCAGAAGGUCUUAACUUGAAUAACGUCAAUCAACAAGAACUGCGUAGAUUGACUCAAAUCCUAAGCACAGAUAAUUCGUGUGACUCUUUUCCUUUCUGAGACUGUGGUCAAAUUGCAGUGAUCACAUUAAAGUGAUUGAAAACUUGA